GUUGCACAGAGGGGGCUCAAGAAGCCUGACAGAGGUAUCAACAAAAAGGCAGCAAGAAGAAAAAGAUUACGAAAUCCAGCGGAGGGGCCACACGUCGAGACCUCGAAGACCAGACUCACUGUGCAUGAUUUUUUGUGAAUAUAAAGAGAGAAAGAGAGAGCAAGGGAGAGAGAGAGAGAGAGAAAUGGAGGCAGCGAGCGAGUGAGGCAAGGCUCUUCCUUCAUAGACAGAGGCAGGGAGGCUGUGCUGACAGAGGAGUGGGGGAGGAGGGGGGAGGAGGAAGUGGGCUCCCAGUAGCUUCCUGUAGCCUGAGCGCUGCUGGCUGAAGGGUGGAGACUGAGCGGAGCAGCGAGGCGGCUGUCAGCUGGAGCAGAGGGGCAGGGAGGCAGCGUCUGCGCGCGUGUGUCGCUUCGUGUGUGAGCGUGUGGAUACUCUACCAGACUGGAGAUCUCCGGCACCACGGCAGACAGAGACACAAGAGAGAAGAAACCAAGCAGAAACUGCUGACUGAACUGCAGUCGAAGGCCAGAUCGGGGGAGUCAGCAGAGACAAGGGAGUGGCUGAUACAAACUAUCAAGGCGAGAACACUUCAGCCACAAACCAGAGGUACAUCACAUCAUUUUAAGCCUGCCUAGGUGCCUAAAGAAGCCCCAUGGCCAGUAACAACACCGCCAGCAUCGCCCAAGCCAGGAAACUGGUGGAACAGCUCAAGAUGGAGGCCAACAUCGACAGGAUAAAGGUGUCGAAAGCGGCAGCGGACUUGAUGUCGUACUGCGAAGCUCAUGCCAAAGAAGAUCCACUCCUGUCACCCGUGCCAGCUUCUGAGAACCCCUUCAGGGAGAAGAAGUUCUUCUGCGCCAUUCUGUAAACGGGCCAGGGUUCUGAGACGGCCCACCAGGCCGGGAUGUGGACGCUCGAUGUGUAGAAUUUUCUAGCUGGGGCACGGCAAUUGCCUUUCUCGAAUGCUCGCAAUGAGUGCAAUUAAAACCAACAAGUAACACGUACAUUUUAAAAAGUCAGGUGGCUAUGAGGAGGUGCAUGUUUUAAAGGAACCUUGUGGGUGCACAAGGGGACGCAGAAGACCCUGAAACAUGACUGACAGGAAAUCUAGCGAGUCUUCAAGGUGUGUAGUGUAGCAGCCCACUCUGACUGGUGUAGAGUUGUAAAAAAGAAAAAAAAAAUCUUUGUGGUUCUUUUGAAAAAUACAAAUGUUAAGAUGGAUGGUUUAAUGGUAAGCUAGACAGUUCUGCUGGUUGAGCUUACUGCUGGGGACAGCAUUUUUAUUGGAAUGAUUUUUAAAUGUUGAGUUUAUUUUUAAGUUAAUUGGUUUGGCUAUAUCAUUUAGAUAGCUUUCUGUUAUGUGAUUACUUAUUUGGCUAUGUUAACUUUUUUAUUAUACAUUAAUAGAUUAGCGAAAUGUUUUUUAAUGAAAAGUUCAAAAUUUGAAAGUGGUGACAUUCUUUG